AUACACGUGUUCAAUCCUUUCAUCACAGCCGUAAAUACUUCUAUAUGGUAUAUCAAUCAGCCCAAUCGUCAUCUCCCAAAAGACGGCUGACUGAACAAAACAAAAAUAAAAAUCCCCUACAAAUACCCCCACAUUAAUCCCCAAUACCCACUCAAAAAAUUUCCCUUCUUUUCUAAUUCUUUUCUUGUUAUUUUUAUCACUAUUAUCGAAAAACAUGAUCUGGUACAGCGCCGGUGUACUGUUAGUAUUACUCCUCCUUUCAACUUCCUUCGCUCAAGGCCGUCAGAUUGCGGACGACCUCAUACGGUUGCCGUCUGAUCAUUCAUCAAAAUUUGAUGAAUUUUUAAAAGCUGAUGAUGAUACUGUUGGGACUAGAUGGGCAGUUCUUAUUGCUGGGUCGAAUGGGUACUGGAAUUACAGGCAUCAGGCUGAUGUGUGUCAUGCCUACCAAGUUCUGAAAAAAGGAGGUUUGAAGGAUGAAAACAUUAUUGUUUUCAUGUACGACGACAUAGCAUUUUCUUAUGAGAAUCCUAGACCUGGAGUCAUCAUCAAUAAUCCACACGGAGAAGAUGUCUAUGCAGGGGUUCCUAAGGAUUACACAGGGGAAGAUGUGACUGUUAAUAACUUCUUCGCAGCCAUACUAGGAGAUAAAAAAGCUCUAACUGGUGGCAGCGGAAAGGUGAUAAAUAGCGGCCCUAAUGAUCAUAUCUUUAUCUUUUACACAGACCAUGGCGGUCCUGGGGUGCUUGGUAUGCCUACCUAUCCAAACAUUUACGCUGAUCAACUCAUCGAAACAUUGAAGAAAAAACAUGCCUCUGGAACUUAUAAAAGCUUGGUAUUCUAUAUUGAAGCAUGUGAAUCAGGAAGCAUCUUUGAAGGACUUCUUCCAAAAGGACUUAACAUAUAUGCUACCACUGCUUCUAAUGCUGUAGAGAGCAGUUGGGGAACUUACUGUCCUGGACGCGAACCUACUCUUCCUGUUGAGUAUGACACGUGUCUUGGUGAUUUAUACAGUGUGUCUUGGAUCGAAGACAGCGAGAGACACAACUUGAUGACGGAAAAUCUGAAGCAGCAGUACGAAUUGGUUAAGCACAGGACAGGAGCAGACCCAUUUUAUGGUUCACAUGUAAUGCAGUUUGGUGAUAUAGACCUUGGGUUAAACUUACUGUACGCGUACAUGGGUACAAAUCCUGCUAAUGAAAACUAUACAUUUUCAGUUGGUAACUCGUUAAAAUCUAUGUCUUCGUAUGCUGUUAAUCAACGUGAUGCUGAUCUGAUCCAUUUUUGGACCAAGUUCGAAAGAGCUCCUGAAGGAUCGUCAAGAAAGAAAGCUGCACAGCAACAACUUAUGGAAGCGAUGUCACACAGAAGUCACUUAGAUGACAGCAUUAAACGUGUUGCAAAGCUGAUUUUUGGAAUCGAGAAGGGUGCACAAGUUUUAAGGACUGUCCGACCUACAGGACAACCUCUUGUCGAUGACUGGAUCUGUCUUAGGACAAUGGUAAGGACAUUCGAGAAGCAUUGUGGAUCUCUAUCUCAAUACGGAAUGAAGCAUAUGCGCUCCAUUGCAAACAUUUGCAAUGCUAGGAUCACAAUUGAUCAGAUGGUCGAGGCCUCAGAACAGGCUUGUCCGAGCUUUCCUUCUAGCCCAUGGAGCUCACUUCAUAGAGGAUUUAGUGCUUGAUAUGAUACUAUUUUGUACAUAAUAUUUAUACUUUCAUAUUAUUUACGAGGUUAAUUAGUAGUUGUAGAUAUGGCUCCCAUGUAUGUAAGAUGCAGAUAUUGAAAUGUCUUUGCAAUAGUUUUCAUAUUUUAUAAUGCAUUUUCAUGUAAGUAAGCCUUACUUGCUCCAAACAAUUAAUGGAAAUUAUGAUGCAUUUUUAUGUAAGAAAA